AUGAUACAUCAGGAACUACCUCAGCCUGGCGCAUCAUGGCACCACCAAUUUAUCGCCUCGACCAACGAUAUCGCCGCCGAUAUCCUGACGAAUCCGAUCGCCUGGCUGUGUGACACAGUCUUACUGGUUUCGCUCUCGUACUUUGUUCUAUUUCUACUCAACAGCCUUAUUAGUCUCCUGCUCUCUUUAUCUUGCCCGAGUCUCCCACACCUGGAGAAACAACAAAUCCAGAUACAAGUUCACAAGACCUUUUCCUUACCUCUAGUCUCUGCGGCGACUUGGAAUACUGGUCCUCUCCAAGCAGUUAUAUUCUUUGUAUUAUUUUUUCUGGUAGCCCAGAAGCAACUCUCCGUGCACCAUCGGCCGGGAGAGACGUCAUCCAUCAGGAGUGUUCUUUCAACUUUCAUGAUACCGCUCUUGUCACUCAUAAUCAUGGGUGGCUUUAUCGUUGUCGGCAUCAGCGCUUGGGGCCUUUUGGCCGGAAGAUGGUUUCAGCAGUUUCGCCCGGUGCGAAGGCUCGGCCAGUGGUUGGAGAUGCGGAGCGCCGCCGGCGGUCAAGAUCUUGAACGCGGGUGGGAGAGCGGUCUAAUCAGCCGUGGGCCCACUAGGAAAGCUAUCGAGGAGCCUGAGGUAUUGGGUUUCAGCGGCGUCAUGAUUGUUGUCGACCAGAAACCUGUGGCCCCUCCCGCCCCUAAACCCUCAGCGAUUGAGCUGGCACCAGCCGCGCCACGACACAUACCAGUGGAGAAAACAGUGAUUAUGGGACCGACUGCAGAAGAGAUAGAGGAGCUAAGAGCAGGGUGUAGGAGGAUAGAGGAUAUCAGGUCGAGGAUCCAGGGCCGAAUGGUGGAGAUGAAGGUAGAGAUUGAAAGAAUAGGUGGUGGUGGUGAUAGAUAUCGACCUGUGCCGUAA